CUCCGGUGACGUCAUACCGAUCUAGAGAGAUCUCCCUGAGAAAACCCAACAGCACCAGGAGUGUCUCCCAGAUCGGCGCGGAGUAAGCGCAGGGCAUCCACGACUGUAUUUAAUCGCUGGGGAUCUAGAAAUCACAUGAGGACAUUGCAUCGGUCUGCAGCGCUUUUUGGAUAGAUCGCUACACUGAGAUACUAUUAUGGAACUAAGUCUUUCUAAGAACGCUCCCUCCUAUGUUGACUUAGGAGGUAUGAAUUUGGAAAGAUUGCCUGAGAACUUAAGACCCCAGCCUUCUCACGACAUGGCUUCCAGUUUCCAUUUGCAAAGAUCAUCUGAAUCCAGAGAUCCGAUUGAGAAUUCAGCUAGUGAAUCGUCUGAUACAGAAGUUCCAGAAAAGGAUAGAAGUUUGGAACCAAAAAACGAGGACGGGAAUGUAGAAGAUCCUUCCAAGAAAAAGAAGCAGAGAAGGCAAAGAACACAUUUCACCAGCCAACAACUGCAAGAGCUGGAAGCCACUUUCCAGAGGAACCGCUAUCCAGAUAUGAGUAUGAGAGAGGAGAUAGCUGUGUGGACCAAUCUAACAGAGGCCAGAGUCAGGGUCUGGUUCAAAAACCGCAGAGCCAAGUGGAGGAAGAGGGAACGCAACCAACAGAUGGACUUAUGCAAAAACGGUUAUGUUCCUCAGUUCAGCGGCCUCAUGCAGCCCUAUGAUGAUAUGUAUGCAGGCUAUCCCUACAACAACUGGGCUACCAAAAGUCUGACACCCGCUCCAUUGUCUACAAAGAGCUUCACCUUCUUCAAUUCUAUGAGUCCUUUGUCUUCUCAAUCCAUGUUUUCUGGUCCAAGUUCCAUAUCUUCAAUGAGUAUGCCAUCUAGCAUGGGCCAUUCUGGAGUUCCUGGCAUGCCCAAUUCAAGUCUUAAUAACAUCAACAAUCUCAAUAAUAUCAGUGGCUCUUCUCUCAACUCGGCUAUGUCUUCAUCUGCUUGCCCAUAUGGACCUCCUGGUUCUCCAUACAGCGUUUACAGAGACACUUGUAAUUCCAGUUUGGCUAGUCUCAGACUUAAAUCUAAGCAACAUUCAACUUUUGGAUACAGCAGCUUACAAAGCCCUGGGUCUAGUUUGAAUGCCUGUCAAUAUAACAGUUGAUAGACUGAACAGCAGAGAAAUGUGCCCUGUGGACUUUGCAUUAAGAAUGGACCAGAUAUACUUUGCAAGAGACACCGAUUUUAACACAUGGAUGAGUUGCAAUUUCUCUCUGGAUUAUGCGGGUUGUAUGUACUUGAACUUGCACAGGAGUUACUAGUGUCCACUUUAUAAAGACUUAGGUGGAAAUAAAGAGUUAAAUUUACAUUUGGUGGUAAUUAAUAAGGGGGCUGGUUGGUGGACACUUGGAAAUCGCUUUAUCACCGAAAAACAGGAAUUUGCAGAGUAGGAAUAUAAGGGGAGAGGAGGAAGAGUUGAAAAACCUAAAUAUUAGAUAUAAGUACAUUAAACAAGGGUUAACCACUUAAAAAGGUUAUUUGUAUAUAUAUGACGUUUCAUUGUGUCAGAUGAUUGUGCACCACAGUUUAAUAAACUGGUUCAAAAAUGCAUGAUUCUUGAUGUUUGUUCAGUUAAGGAAGUGAUCCUGAGGAUUGUUUCCUGGCAAGAAUUUGAAGGAUCAAGAAUAACCUUAAAAUCCUGCCCUCCUUCUGUGGCUAUCCCAUACCCCAAGUACUCCUCUCAAUUGUAUGUAUGCUUCGCUUCGAUCAUUUGAUCGCCUUUAUUUAUCGGCAGUUUUUUUUAGCACCCCAUGUAUCCUAAUAUGCUAUGUAAAAAAAAUAAAUAAAUACAAUUUUCUGAGAUUCCCGAUUGUGCACAAAAAAGUCCAUCAUUCAUAAGCCUAAAUAUGUCGAGUUGCUUGCCAAUUAAAAAAAAAAAUAGUAUUUUUAAGGUAAGAAUAGGAAAAACAUUAUAAAGAUAAAACGGUGUUGAUAUGUAAUUUUUUUUUACAGUUGUUUGCUAUUUUUAAAAACUAUAAAUAUGAUCUGAUAUAGAAAUACGCAUAAGAAGUUUAAUUGCGGCAGUAUUUGUAUUCGGAUUGUCCGUAGAAUCCCCCCAGAUAACAAACCAUUCGAAUCUAAAAUACUAAAAUCAUCCAUUCAGUAUCUGAUCCCCCUAUUCUCCUCUUUGUAUUGUACCUGUGGUUUCGGUAAUGUGGAUGUGUGGAUGUUUAAAUAAUGCUGUUGUGCAUAGGAAUGCAGUGUAUUGUUUUCAUAACUUAUGUUUUUUUGUGAAUACCUUUUUUUUUCCUCCAAAAUUUAAGAGCAUGGGAAUAAAACCGAUUUAAGAAA